GUGACGGUGGAGAUAGUAGUCAACAUUGGAGAGGAAGAGGACGAUCGUGGAGGGACCGCGACAGAGCAGGAGGGAAGAGGUCCGCGGAGGAAGAGAGCGCGUAUGGUUGGGAGAAGGAACGGGACGAAGAGGGACCCUGGUGAUGGCUGCGACGGUGAUGGUCAGUGGUCGUAUACCGGUUAAGCCGUUCAGUGCUAGGCCGGCGUCCGUCACGGUUAAACCUCGACCACUCGGUCGUUCGACUCUGAAACCCCUCGAAUCCUCCUCGACGGGAUAUCGUCCUGGGGAUCGUUGGAUCCUUCGAUCGUGAAGUCGUCCAGUCCCUCCCUGGGAUCGGUGACACCCGGGCAGUUCGCGGCACAUCCUUGGUGUGGUCUCGAUGGGGAUGACCUCGAUGAUCGAGAUUUUCAGAAACUUGGGGAAUCGAGUGUGCGAGGGGAAUUCCGAAGAUUAUGGUUGCUUCCGUGGUGUGGAGUGGUAGGAAGGACACUUCGGGAGUGGAGGAUUCUACUCUAGGGGUAGACAGAGGACUGAAAAGUUCCUCGGGGAUUGGAUACAACUCUAUCUUAAUUGAGAGUCUCCGUCAGUGCAAUGUGCUCAGCCUUCAGAUCAGUGCGUAGACUAGCAAGGAGAGUAGUACGUGUAUCUAGGAUCCUGCUCCAAAUUGAAGACUGAGACCAACCUGGACAUUUUGAUUCUCAAAAAACAUUCUUUCGCGAAUAAUCUCUCACAGCGGGCUCGCAAAACGCCAAGUUGUUCUUAUAGACCACCAACGCUUAAUCGCCAACGCUUCAUCGAAGAUCCAGCUCCUAAAAAUUGACCACUCCCCCUAUAGACUCGCGUACCCUCCGGAAGGAAGCAGUCCCGGAUCGUUCAGUGCACCCGGCUCGUCUGGGUAUCAGCGUCACCGGUGAUUCAUCGGGGAAGACCUCGGGCUAGGUCUCGUUUCCCCGUUUCGAGGCGCCAUCCUCGCGAGGGCUCGAUCGAGAAGCCCGGGAUUCGAACGCGUCCUGCGAACCAAAAUGGCGACUCGGUUGGGGGACGACACGCACGCGAUCAAGACGUCAUCGUCGGGGUACCGAGGUAACCAGCCAGCGGGAUACCAGGAUUCGGAGCGAGCGCGGAUGAAGUGAUUACGAGGGCUGCUGACCAGUCACGGACCAAGUCUGAUCCCACGGGAGAUCCAGGGAUCAGGAUGCGGUGGAUCGGUUACGUGGCCACAAUUCUCUGGUGGUCGGGCAUCGCCAGGUCCCUCAGCACGGUGAAUCGAGGUCACAGUUACAAAAUCACCCCGAAGCCCUGCAGGGUCCCAGGUCCGGAGCCCAAGGACGGCACGUGCAUGUUCGUGUGGGAGUGCAUCAAGUCGGAGGGCACGCACGUGGGCGUGUGCGUGGACACAUUCAUGUUCGGCAGCUGUUGCGUGCAUAACACUACGUCGAACGCGAUCGCCGCACCUCACCAUCAGCAACACGCGUCGUCUUCUGAUCCUCUGCGACCCACCCUGGCGGAGGCUCUGGGCAACGAGGCGACGAGACCGACGCUGACGUCCCUCUCCAGCUUCCUCGUGACGGACACGAGCACCACGAGGCCGAGUCAUCGUCCCUACGAGACGCUGGACACUUUCGGAGGGUCCGGCAGACCACACAAACCGCUGACAGCUGGUUCCGCGAGGCCGCUGCAGAAGAGGCCGCACGCGAAACCCGCCUCCGACCACAAGGACAGGAUCCAGACCUCGGCGGUGCCUGACUCCUCGGGUUACUGGGACAAGGGUCCUCAGAGCACGAGGAGACCUGGCACGUCCGAGCCUUGGGAGAUGGGCGCUCAGAGCACGAAGAGGCCUGGUGCUCACGAAUCUUGGGAGAAGGGUGCUCAGAACACGAAGAGACCGAGCAUCUCCGAUGCCUCGGAGAAAGGCGCCCAGACCACAAUGAGACCAGGUGUCGAAUCUUGGGAGAAGGAUGGUCAGAACACGAAGAGACCGGGUAAUUCCGGUGCUUGGGAGAUGGAUACCGAAAGCACGAAGAGGCCAGAGGAACCCGACGUCUGGAAUAAAGCUACCCAAAGCACGAAGAGACCAGGUGACAUGUGGGAGAAGAACUCUCAGAGCACCAAGAGGCCGAGUUCCCCUGACCACCCGGAGAAGAAUACUCAGAGCACGAGGAGACCAGGCUCCCACAGCACUAAGAGACCAGGGUUCCAGAGCACGAAGAGACCAGGCACUACCAUCUACUGGGAGAACAAUGUUCAGAACACGAGGAGCCCGGGACAUCACGACGUCCAGAGCCCCAAGCAGAAGACCAGGCCUGACGACAGUCAACAUACGGCUGGUAAGGAGAAGGACACCGCUCACGAUGACUUCCAGGGUCAUCAUCAGGGGUUCAAGGAUAAAGUGGACACCGGGCACAACACGUUGGUGAUAAGACUGCCAGGGAAGGAGCACGCGUCCAACGAGGACGAAGGCAUCAGGCCCAACAGGCCGAGCAACCAAAGACCAUUCGAGUCGAGACCUGACGAGGGCAAGACCGAGGACUCUGAUCUUAGCGGGCAGGAAUCGGUGCACCGCCCUAACAUCAACUUGGUCGAAGAAAAUGAAACAGCCAAGGAACCUCACUCCAACGUCAAUUUCAUCCACACGGAGCGCCCUCAGUGGGCAACGAAGCCAGUAUCACCGAAACCGACGACGGAUUUUUCGAAACCGUACUUCUCAAUCAAGACGACCACCUAUCGACCCAUGUCGAUGAACGAUCAAUCAGACGUCAAGCCGAAUUUCAUCUCGAAGCCCAAUAGUUUGUACACGUCCAUGACGACAUCAACCACUGCUAGACCAACGUACUCCGGCGACCAGUCUACCACCAGCGCAGCCGGAUCCGUGCCACAGACCUCUCACUGGCAAAUCACCACAGAGCCAGCGUUCGUCACAAAGCAGAGGCCGUUCUCGUCUACCAAACCGAUGGGUUCCCUGGAAACCGCUAAACCGUCGAGUUCCCAUUUCUGGUCAGAGAACAGCUGGACGCCACCCAGGCCGUCCUUGAAACCGCACUGGACAGACAACCCUAGCCUCCUUCAGAACGGCCCUGAAGGAUUCCCGCCGCGACCGAGUUUCAAGCCAACAGAACCGCAAGAAAAUACGGAGUACCACAAGCCACUCGGCGCGGCGCACUACAUAACCACGUCCCACUUCGAGACGUCUGCGAGGCCUAGACCCACAAAGAAGACCACCACGUCCACCACCACGACCACCACCACCACAACGACCAGCACGACGACUACGACCACCACGCAGAAACCCGACACCGUCGUUUCCACUACCGAGACGAUCGCGAAGACGGGAUCGGUGCUGACGGUCUCCGCGGCCGAUGAGAGCAAGGGCACGCAGUGCGGCGUGCCACCGCUGUUUCCGCGACCGGAAACGAGGAUCGUCGGCGGCAAGGACGCGCCGUUCGGUCGAUGGCCUUGGCAAGUGUCGGUGAGACGCACCUCCUUCUUCGGCUUCUCCAGUACCCAUCGCUGCGGCGGGGCGGUGCUCAACGAGAACUGGAUCGCCACCGCCGGACACUGCGUGGACGACCUGCUGACUUCGCAGAUCAGGAUCAGGGUAGGCGAGUACGACUUCUCGUCGGUUCAGGAGCGACUGCCUUACGUGGAGCGUGGCGUAGCGAAGAAGGUGGUGCAUCCCAAGUACAAUUUCUUCACGUACGAGUACGAUCUGGCGCUGGUCAAGCUGGAGAGCUCGUUGACGUUCGCCCCUCACAUCUCGCCUAUCUGCUUGCCAGCCACGGACGAUCUCCUGAUCGGCGAGAACGCGACUGUUACUGGCUGGGGGAGGCUCAGCGAGGGUGGCACCUUGCCCUCGGUGCUGCAGGAGGUUUCCGUGCCUAUAGUGAGUAACGAUAGAUGUAAGUCAAUGUUCCUGAGGGCUGGUAGACACGAAUUCAUACCAGACAUAUUCCUGUGCGCCGGCUACGAGACUGGAGGACAAGAUUCCUGUCAGGGUGACUCGGGCGGUCCUCUUCAAGUCAGAGGAAAGGACGGCCGCUACUUCCUAGCUGGCAUCAUAUCCUGGGGCAUCGGUUGCGCGGAGGCGAAUCUGCCGGGAGUGUGCACGAGGAUCUCGAAGUUCGUCCCUUGGAUCCUGAAGAACGUGACCUGA